UACUUCUCGCAAGGUGCUCUCGAAGGGGAUCAAUAGUAGUUAGUGCUAAUUUCGCACGUGAUGGAUUUGCACCAACGGAAAGUUGAGUUUCAUUUUGCAAUUGAACUGAUGUGUUGAGUAAGCCAGGAUUCAAUCUCACGGAACUGAUCGGUUUUAAGGGCGAUAUUUGUUGUAAUAGAGUUAGGGCAGUCAUAGCGCUUCGGUUCGGCUCCGCGGUCCGGUACCUGUUUCUAUCGAUUUAUAUUUCAGACAUAAUCUAUCCAUCGGAUCGUUUAGUGUGUGCUGUUUAUCCUUCCCGCGCGGAUAUUCUUGUUUAUUAUAGAAUUGUUGGUGGUUAAAAAAUAUUCAAACUCCCACUCGUGUGUUUUCAACGGUUGCGUACAUUAGCGGAGUGAGGACGGUGUCAGUGCGUGUGGCAGGUCAAUAUACCCACUAGCGAUGAUUUCCCCCACCAAUCAAACGGACGAGCUGAUGACAGAUGUCCAGCAAUACCACCAGCAUUUGGGUCCAAUACCGGCGCCUGUGAUACCACCGAUACCGUUGCUUAUGACUCAGGGCCAGCAGCACCAACCGUCGAUGAUACCUCAGCAGCAACAUCAUCUUCAGCAUCAUCAUCAGCAACAGCAGCAGCAGCAGCAACAACAACAACAGCAGAAUAAGCCACAAUCAUCGCCAUCCCAAUCUUCGCCAUCACCCCCUGCUCAACUUGGUUUUACCAUACAACCAUUGGCCAUCCCGAUCUCGGAUGCAUUAAGAGUUAGAACGGCCGAAGCCGAUUCGAUAGGAUGUGUCGAAGUCCUCGCAACGGUCUGUUCGACCAUUUUCAUGUUCCUGACGCUGCCCAUUUCGAUCUUCCUGUGCUUCAAAGUAGUCCAGGAGUAUGAACGAGCCGUCAUUUUCAGACUUGGUCGAUUGAGAUCCGGCGGUGCUCGAGGACCCGGUGUGUUUUUCGUUCUUCCAUGCAUCGAUAACUACUGUAAGGUGGAUCUUCGUACUGUCUCGUUUGACGUGCCGCCUCAGGAAGUUCUUACGCGUGAUUCCGUAACGGUUUCCGUUGACGCGGUUGUUUACUACCGUAUUCGUGACCCAUUGAACGCAGUCGUCCAGGUGGCCAACUACAGCCACUCAACCCGCCUUCUAGCCGCGACGACACUGCGAAAUGUGCUCGGAACGCGAAAUUUAUCCGAGCUGCUGACGGAGCGAGAAGCUAUCUCCCACUCGAUGCAAGUUACUCUCGAUGAGGCCACCGAUCCGUGGGGUGUACAGGUGGAACGCGUUGAAAUAAAGGACGUCUCCCUACCGGACUCGCUGCAGCGUUCGAUGGCCGCCGAAGCGGAAGCAACCCGUGAAGCGCGCGCCAAGGUGAUUGCCGCGGAAGGUGAGAUGAAGUCUUCGCGUGCUCUGAAGGAAGCGUCUGAUAUCAUGUGCGAGAGUCCAGCGGCUCUCCAGCUGCGCUAUCUGCAAACCUUGAGCAGCAUUGCGGGCGAGAAGAACUCCACCAUCGUGUUCCCUCUGCCAAUCGAGCUGAUUGGACCACUGAUGAACAUAACCUCUAAGAUAGUGUCGAAACCGACCGAAACGGGUGUCCAGAUCGAUUAGCAGUACCCGGUCGGGUGUACGCUGUACCGCUUCCAUAACUCCUUUUAGAGAAGAGAUGGAUCAAACUUACACUACGAUACAGAACGAAGAACAAAUGAGUAACAACAUACACCAAUUUACAAACGCUACGUUUCAUAUUUCUACCUAUUAAAUAGUGUCAUAAAGAUAAGAAUAACAUAAUAGUUUUAAUCGCCAUACAAAGUGCUGCUGAAGCCAAAUAAUCCGUAAUGUUAUAUUGCAAUAAUCGAACGUGCCAUUUUACGCAGCCAGUGAAAAAAAAGGGUUUUGUAAAUAAAGAUUUUUACAAAUAUA